CUCUCUCUCUCUCUCCCUCUCUCGCAUACACACUCUCUCUCUCUCUCUCUCUCUCUCUCUCUCCCUCUCAUACUCUCUCCUCUCUCUAUGCCCUUUGCGAAUCCCGAGGCCCAUCGUCGUCUUCCUCCUCAGCUAGGGCACGCUCCGCCUCGUACAUCUCCCGCCCCCUCCUCCUCCGCGGCCGCCGCCGCCGCUGCUGCUGCCGAGGGAGAGCCAUGGCGAACCACCCGCCGCCGCCGAACGGGAUGGGCGACGACUUCUUCGACCAGAUCUUCGCCAUGCCGCCCUACGGCGGCGGCGACGACGCCGCCGCCGCGCUCGGCGGCGGCGGAGGCGGCGACGGCCACCACCUCGCCGCCGGGAUGGUGCUCCAUCCCCGGCCGGGCUCCGCCGGCGACGGAGGGGGCGGCGCCGCGCCGCCGUUCCCGCUCGCGCUGAGCCUGGAGCAGGGGAAGGCCGGGGAGGGCUCCGGGAGCGGGAACCCCCUCCGCGAGGACGCCGAUGCCAAGCAGGAAAGGGAUCCGGUCCACUUGGCUGGGUUGUUUCCUCCGGGAUUCGGACACAUGCAGACGCAUCAAAUCCGGCCUAAUCCUCCUCCUCAGAUGUUUCAUGGGCAAGCAAAGCCUGGCGGGGUUGUGGCGGCGCCGCAAGCACCAGCGCCGCGACCGAAGGUGCGGGCAAGGCGUGGUCAAGCUACCGAUCCUCAUAGUAUAGCCGAGCGGCUACGAAGAGAGAGAAUAUCUGAAAGGAUGAGAGCCCUGCAGGAACUGGUCCCAAACACCAAUAAGACAGAUAGAGCAGCGAUGCUUGAUGAGAUUUUAGACUAUGUGAAGUUUUUGAGGCUUCAAGUAAAGGUUCUAAGUAUGAGCAGGCUAGGUGGUGCUGGUGCUGUUGCACAACUGGUAGCUGAUAUCCCACUGUCAGUUGAGGGGGAGGCAAGCGAGAGUGGGAGCAAGCAACACAUCUGGGAGAAGUGGUCGACAGAUGGCACGGAAAGGCAAGUGGCGAAGCUGAUGGAAGAGGACAUCGGGGCGGCGAUGCAGUUCCUCCAGUCCAAAGCCCUCUGCAUCAUGCCGAUCUCUCUCGCCGUGGCCAUCUACGACACGCAACAACAACACCAGCCCGAGUCGGGCCACUCGGUCAAACCAGAACCGAACACCCCUUCAUAGCAUAACUCACCAAAAGAGGGGAAAGGAAAAAAAAAAAGAAAAAGAAGCGCCUAAUGAGAAAAAAUCGCCCAAUGGACCAACUUGCUACGAGUUUGGCCCCCACGCAAGUGUAAGAAAUCUGCACAGCUUGAUCCUCCUAACAUAUCAUGUCACCUUACUUUCCUUUUCCUCCCAUUUUCUUUUUUGUCAAAGGUGGUUUGAUUGCGUAGGAUAAUGGUAGAGAGAGAGAGAGAGAGAGAGAGAGAGAGAGAGAGAGAGAGAGAGAGAGAAAGUCUACUCUCUUUUGUUUUAAAUAACUUUCAAUCAUUCUAUGAGUGGAGGGGAUGGGCUACCGCAGGUCUUUUUCCUGUCAUAUAUCUUGCGCAAUAUUUUGGGGCUGUACUGCACUAGCCGAAUACACUUUGUGGGUGGAGGGCCCUACCCUUUUUCGUUAGUGGGAUGUUCGGACUAAUCGAAUGCGACGGUUGUGUGUGUGUUGUGCGUGUGAAUUCCUACAUAGUGUUUGACUAAAUCGCGAAAGAAGGUUGGUACGGGUAA